CGCUGGAAGAUCAGUUUGUUUUAAAUAAUUAGUCGGUUAGGUUGAACUUCGUGGAGUCGGUGUCGAGCCUUCCGAGUGUGCGUUCGGUUAGACGGAGACGGUAUCCUUUUUGUGUAAGGUUAGCUCCAGUGCUGGAAACUGGUUUUCCGUUUGAACUUGGCCGUGUGGCGGUUGAAAAUUAGCAGGCAUCAAUAUGCAGCGGUUGCACCUUGCCGGAUUGUUGGCGAUCUUGAAUCUGGGAAUUAGUUACGCCUAUUUGGAACCGGUUCUCUCGGUGUGCAAACGUAACGAUCCCGAGCUGGACAAAUGCAUUGCCGACGUUGUGGAGCGAAUAAGACCAAACCUUGCCUCAGGAAAAUACGGUUCGGCCAAUGAACAUCCCAAGAUAGAACCGAUCAUCUUCGAAAAGAUGCGCAUCGAUCGCGGGCCGUCAUUUUCGGCCAAUUUUUCCAACCUCGCGAUUCGGGGAGCUAGCAAGUUUGUAUUGAAGAAACUCAGGACUAACGCAGCAGAAAAUAGUUUGACAGCCAACGUGAUUUUGCCAACACUUGAUGUACUCGGGAAGUAUGUGUUGAAUAUGAAUAUUCUUGUUUUGCGCAUUGCAGGUCAAGGCGAUGUUAAGGCAACACUCAAUAACACCAAGGCCAUUUUGCGGCUGGAGUACUUUAAGGAGAAAAUCAACGAUAAGGAUACGUUCCGCUUCCGACCGGUCGAUGUAAAGAUCAAAUUCGACAAGGCUCAGUUUUAUCUCUCCAACUUGUUCAAUGGUGAUCCCACUUUGGAGCGGGUAGGAAACGAUGCCAUCAAUGCAAAUCCGCAUGUUCUUCUCGACGAGGUGAAGCAAUCUUUCGAGGAGAACCUCUCCGAUAGCUUUACCAAGCUGGGCAAUAGUUUGCUGAGAGACAUCGAUGCGAAGGAGUUCUUCCCGGAAGACUAAAGUCGGUUCGGUCGCUGCUUCAGGACUGAACAGUUUAUAUGGUUGUGUAUACUAGGUAUAUGUUUUUACAGCAAUUCAGCAAUAAAACGAUUUAUGUAAAUAAUGAA